ACCAAUCGAGAAACUUGGUGGGGGUAAUAGAGAUUAAUUGGUCGUUUGGGGCGGCGUUUCCCAGCCUUGCCUUACUGCUUUUACCCUCGUUCCCUGUUCUUCUCUAUCCCCCAUCCGAAAAAAUUCCGGCUCGGAUUGUUGUCCUCGCAGACGACGAACUCUCCCAUUUUCUCUUCUUCUCCGAAGAUCGUUCUCCUCUCACGCAGCUCCUGCCGGUACGCUGCUCCCGAUCGUCUCGCGAAGCGUCAAGGCCCUUCGAAGUCUCAAUCCCCUCGCACCGUAAAAGCAUGAAGCUAUCCUUCUCAAUCUCCUCAAAAUCAUCCUCUUCUCGACCUACAUCAAAACCUCCGCGAUCUUUCAAUCCUACCGGCGAUUGCAACCACCAAGAUGGCCGCCAUGACGAAGCCAAGCCGCAUUUCGUCACCGUCUUUGAUCCCUCUGAAAUUCCAUCCUCUGAUUCCACCGUGCAGCGUGUCAUCCCCCCUAUCCCCAACUCUAAUCACCGGUCUAACACGAAGAAGAAGGAUCUCCCUCUUCCUACUGCUGAUGAACAAUCAGCCGAAUCCCGAUUUGUGCUCAACGCCUCUGGUAGCGGCUCAUCCGAAGCCAGUCAAUACGGCCUGAUGCUUCGCUCAAAUGGCACGAAAGCCAAAUCCCUAAAAGGUAAUGAUGCUCGUUUGUCUGAGAAGAUGAGAUAUCGGGAACUGAUAAAGGAGUUGCCAGAUGAGGAACUCCCCGAUGUCCCCGUUGAGGGUUUCGGGGCAGCUAACUUAGCUGGGUACGGAUGGGUUGAGGGAAAGCCUAUUGGUCGAAACAGUAAAGAAGAUCCAAAAGUUUUUGAGUAUAAACCAAAAGCUGGGACGGAAGGGUUUGGUUACUCGCCGACUUUAGGGAAGAAAACCCAGAAGGAGGAGGUUGCAGCUGGAUUUAAAUCAGUUAAUGUGAAGAAUGACUAUACUGAUGAUCGGGAUAAAGGGAAGUUUGAUAGUAGAGAGAUGAAGAAAGCGAGCAAGGAUAGAAGGUCUGAGGAAAGAACUAAUGAGGAGAAAAGAACAAAGUAUGAUUUCACUACAACUGCAGAGAAAAGUGCAGUUCGGUGGCUGAGAAGCCAUAUUAGGGUCAGAAUAAUUAGUAAAAAAAUUGGAGGAGGGAAGCUCUAUCUAAAGAAAGGCGAGGUGGUAGAUGUUGUUAGCCCUACAACUUGUGAUAUCAAGAUGGAUGAAAGCGGGAAGCUUGUGCAGGGGAUCGAUCAAGAGAUUCUAGAGACUGCUCUUCCAAAGCGUGGGGGUUCAGUGCUUGUUUUGUAUGGUAAGCAUAAGAAUGUGUAUGGGAGUCUGGUGGAGAAGGAUUCUGAAAAGGUGACAGGGUUGGUAAGAGAUGCAAAUAGUCAUGCUUUGAUUAAUGUACCGCUUGAGCAGAUUGCUGAGUAUGUUGGAGACCCUAGCUGUCUUGGUUAUUGAAUUUUGAAGAGAGUAGUGGUUGCCAAAAACAAACCAGAAGCUUCUUCCAGUUUCUAUUCUCCCAACAUGAGUAUUGGGAAUGGGCAAUUUCUUCCUUCGCUGAAACGGCUUGAUGACUGCACACCACCUUUUACAUGGAAAGGCGUAUUUCACAUUUUAAAAGUUAAAUGGUGGUAUUUUUGAUGUGAUGUGAAAAAUUUGGGUGAUA